GAGGGCCUGUGGCUUGAUCGUCUACAGGAGGCUGCAGUCAGCACCAUCUUCUAAGGUCACUGAUGGUAUUGAAUACCUCCUCCUUCAGACAUCUUAUGGGACCCAUCACUGGACCCCACCCAAAGGUGUGAGUGGCCAGGCUUUGGAAAGGAGACUGUGAGCAUCUUCAUGCAGCAGCUUGGAUUAUCUGUCGACCAGUUCAGAAAAGCAAAACCAUCAGCAAAGUUUCUAACUAGGCAUUGGCGCUGUAAAAAGGAAUAAUGGACAGCAAGAUUACCCACCGUGCGGGAAAACAUGGGGAUGCUCAAAAGGGAGAUGGCAAAGAAAGGUGUUUGCCUGAAAAUGUCACACCAGUGAAGCAGAAGCCAUCCAAAGAGCUGAGGCCCAUGCUCGGGGCCAUCUUGCUGGGCCUCAUCCUGUUCAUCGCUGCAGUGGUGGCCUGGUGCUACUACACGGUGUCCCUGCGGAAGGCGGAGCGGCUCAAGACGGAGCUGAUGGACCUGCGUGCGGACGGCUUCGUCAUCAGGAACCAGCACGGGGAGGUGGUGUUCCGGCUGGCGUUCCGCUCGGGCAGCCUGGACCUGGAGUCGUGCUCCAAGGAGGGCGAGAUCCUGAGCUGCACGCGCUCGGGCCGGGGGCCGCUCAACUUCUUCAUCCAGACGGUGAAGCCCAAGGACACGGUGAUGUGCUACCGCGUGCGCUGGGAGGAGCUGGCGGACGGCCCCGCCGUGGAGCACACCAUGUUCUGGGAGGACGCGCACUGGUACGGGGGCUCCGAGAUGAGCACCCAGCACUGGCCCAUCCGCCUGGCCGGCUACCAGGAGCCCAUGCCCUACGUGACCAGCGACGUCUACUCCUUCCGCGACAGCUUUGGCGGCAUCCUCGAGCGCUACUGGCUCUCCUCCAAGGCGGCCGCCAUCAAGAUCAACGACUCCGUGCCCUUCCACCUGGGCUUCAACGCCACCGAGCGCACCCUCUUCUUCCAGGCGCGCUACAAGGACUCUCCCUACAAGCCCCCGCCGGGGCAGCAGCCCUUCCCCGAGCUCAGCUACCGCGUCUGUGUGGGCUCUGACAUCACCUCCAUCCACAAGUACAUGGUGCGCAGGUACUUCAACAAGCCCUCCAAGAUCCCUGCCGAGAACGCCUUCCGAUACCCCAUAUGGUCCACGUGGGCCCUCUACAAAAAAGAUAUAAAGCAGGAGAAAGUACUGCAUUUCGCAGGAAACAUUAAGAAGUACCGUUUCAACUGCAGCCACAUAGAAAUUGAUGACAUGUACACACAAGCCUAUGGGGACUUUGACUUUGACCCAGUCAAGUUCCCCAAUGUGACAGAGAUGUUUGCAAAACUAAGGGAAGAUGGGUUCAAGGUCACCCUGUGGAUCCAUCCCUUUAUACACACAGAUUCCUCUAAUUUUGGGGUGGGAAUUGAGCGUCAGCUCUUCAUCAAGGAGCCAUCAGGACGACUGCCGGCCAUGGUGGAGUGGUGGAAUGGCAUUGGGGCCAUCCUGGACUUCACCAACCCGGCAGCCCGCGACUGGUUCCAGAGCCACCUGCGCCAGCUCCGACACAAGUACGGCAUCUCGUCCUUCAAGUUUGAUGCGGGCGAGACCAGCUACCUGCCCAAGCAGUUCAGCACCUUCCGCCCGCUCUCGGACCCCAGCAUUUGGUCACGGCGCUACACAGAGAUGGCCAUCCCCUUCUACGAGCUGGCUGAGGUGCGCGUGGGCUACCAGUCGCAGAACAUCUCCUGCUUCUUCCGCAUCAUUGACCGUGACUCUAUCUGGGGCUACGAGCUCGGCCUCAAGUCCCUCAUCCCCACCGUGCUCACCAUCAGCAUGCUGGGGUACCCAUUUGUACUUCCAGAUAUGAUUGGAGGAAACUUCCUCUCUGGCAAGACAGAUGGAGCGGUGGAGAUCCCAGACCGGGAGCUGUACGUGCGGUGGCUGGAGCUGUCGGCCUUCAUGCCCUCCAUGCAGUUCUCCAUCCCACCCUGGCUCUAUGACAAGGAAGUGGUGGAGAUUGCGCAGAAGUUCACGGAGCUCCACGAGUCGCUGGUGGCCCCGCUGCUGCUGGAGCUGGCCAGGGAGGUCACCGACACGGGGGACCCCAUCAUCCGUCCCAUCUGGUGGAUCUCGCCCCGCGACGAGGCCACGCACAGGAUCGACUCCCAGUUCCUCAUCGGGGACACCCUCAUGGUGGCUCCUGUGCUGGAGAUGGGCAAGCAGGAGCGUGACGUCUACCUGCCGGCAGGCAAGUGGCGCAGCUACAAGGGGGAGUUGUUUGAGAAGACCCCCGUGCUGCUCACGGACUAUCCUGUUGACCUGGAUGAAGUUGCUUAUUUUCUCUGGGUUUCCUAAGAGCCUCCUCCAUGAGCUGUGGAAUGGCCUCAGGGAUUAAUGAACCAGUGACUUAAAUGGCCUGGUAAUUUUAAUUGUUUAUAAAGCAGAAAUACUUCAGUAUGAAUUCUGAGGAAAACACCAUGACCUUGUUUUGUGUGGCAAGUGCUGUAGAAUAACUUACUUAUUAAAAUAUAUUGGAUCGC